AUGGAGAACAGCGAUAACCAUGUAAGUUACUACAAGACAACUGUAACAAGUACUAAUUAUACAUUUUAUUAUGAGGAUGCAUCCCAAAAUAAAAAUGAAAAAUCUAAAAAUUAUGAAUGGAAAAAUGAAAAAAAUUGUAAUGGGAAAAGAUCGAGAAAAAAAAAUUAUCAAGCCGGCCCAGGUUAUUAUAAUCAAAAUAAAAAACGUGAAAUUUAUAAAAAAGAAAAAAAUCAGUUUACCGAUAAUGAAAAAAGUAAUUAUUAUCCUGUACGUGAUAAUAAACAAAAAAAAAUAAAUUUUAAAAAUAUAAAAAAUAAUAUAUUUUUUGAUAAUAAUAAUAAUGAAAAUUGUGAAGGUCUAAAUAAUUCCGAAAUUAAUAAGCAUCACCAUUAUUCACGUAAUAAAAAUAAUGUGAAUAAUUUUAGUAAAUAUAAUCGUAAUAUUGCUGCAUUUAUUAAAAAUGAACAAAGAGCAUAUUAUGAUAGUAAUAAUAAUAAUGCCAAUAUAAAUUCUUUAAGCUCACCAACCAAUAGUGAUGACAACUUUAGAUUAACAAAAGAAUUACUUGAAGAUUUAGAUAAACGAAAUAAAGAUAUGGAUGAAGAAAAUGAUGGAACUUGUGAUAAUAAUAAUAAUAAUACUAAUGAUUUUUUAAUUUAUGUUAAAAAAAAAAUCGAAGAAAAAAAAGAAAAUGUUACAAAAAGGAGGAAAAAUAAUUGGGUUAAUAAUGAACAUUAUCAAGAAAAUAAUUUUGAUAAUAAUAUAAAUGAUAAUUAUAUUUCACCAGAUAAAAAAGAUAACGAUUGUAAUAAUGUCGACAAUAGCUAUAAAUACACUAAAGAGGCUAGUAGUGAAAGUGGAAAUUAUAAUGAAUAUAUUAUUCAUAAUGUUGAUACAUAUAAAACUAUUAAUAAUGAUAAUAUUUCAGUAUUUAGUGAUGAAUCCACUAGAGUAUUUAUCAAUAAAAAAAAUAAAGUUAGUAUAAAUAUGUGUGAUAAUCCUUGUGAUAUGUGGUAUGGCUUAAAAGAUCGAAAUGGCAAAAAUGUUUUUAUUGAUAGUGUAAAAAAUAGAGACUAUAAAAAACAAAAGAAAAAGAAAAAAAUAUCAUCUAAAACUAAAAAAUAUUAUAUUAAUAAAAAGAAAGGAGGAAAAUAUGAUAAAUGGGGAGAUAAUUAUUAUGGAAUUGCUAAUAGUGAUGCUAGUAGUAUUUCUGGUAAUACAAUAGCUACUAUGCAUAUUGAUGGCAAUAAUAAAUAUAAUAAAAAAAAUAUUUUUUCAAAUUCAAAAAAUAAUAUUCCAUAUAAUAGUAAUGGUACUACUUAUAAUAAUGAAAACAAUAAUAAUCCUUCCAAUUUUAAAAUUUUUUACAAUAAAAAUAAUUUAAAUAAUACUCAAAAUGAUAAAAUGCAAAAAAAAAAUAUACCAAAUCACAAUUAUCACCAACUAGCCAAAAAUGAUAUAAAAAAUAAAAAUAAUAUUCCAUGGUCAGGCAAAAAUAACAUUAUUAAUAAUAACAGCUAUAAUAAUGGAAAUAAUUAUGGCCAUAAAAAUCAAUUUGAAUUAUCAAAAAAUAUCAAAAAUAGUUAUUAUGACAAUAAAACAAUAAAUACUAGCAUUAGAAUAAAAUUGCCUGAUAAUAAAAUUAGCACUUUUGCUGAAAAUUUCAAUCAAUGUACGUCUGAUACGAUAUCCAAAUCAUUGAAUCAUAUUAAUAAUGGCGUUAAUGGCGACCUGACCAGUCAGAAUAUUAAUAAUAGCCACAUAAGCGAUAACAAAUUUAAUGACAACUGUAUUAACAGUAAUAAUAAUAAUAAUGAUGAUAGUAUUAAUGAUUAUUAUUAUAAUAGAGGUGAAAAUAAAAGAAACAUGCUAAGUGAUUAUAUGAAUAGUGCACUAAGUUCGGCAGUAGGUUAUAACGACCCAAACCGUAAUCCUCCUAUUGAAAAUAAUCACAUUAACCGUUCAGAAAAUAAGUUUCAAAAUGGUAUUAAUAAUGUUAAUCAAAAUGGAAAUUAUGAACAUUCAGAAAAAAAUAUAUUUAACAAUAAUAAUGUCCCAACCUAUAAAGAAAAGAAUAAUAUGAAUUAUAAUUUAGAAUUACAUCAGUUAAAAUUAAAUAAUAUUUCAAAUUAUAGUGAAGCUAAUAUUGUUGAAUAUCCCGCUCAAAACAAUCAGCCAAAUAAUGCACUUAUGCAUACACCGAUUGAUGGCGUUGGAAUAAAUAACAGAGCUUAUUAUUCUCAAACAAAUAAUCAAAUAAAUAAAUAUAAUAAUGGUGAAGGUAUUACUAUUUCCCAUAAUAAUGAAACAUAUGGAAUUGGUAACCUCACAAAUUAUAAUGGCAAUAAUGCUAAUAAUUUACACUCAAACAUUUUUUCAAAUAAUUGUAAAGAUAGCUCGAAGGAAGCAUAUAUGUCAUAUUCUUCGAUAGUUACAAAAUCCUUACCCCAUAUAAAUGAUAUGAAUAACAACAAUUAUACAAGACAAGGAAAUCAAGACUAUACAAAUAACACUAAUUUUUAUAAUAUGAAUGGAAAUAAUAAUAAUAAUCAAGGGCAAGAAGGUAUUGCCAACAAAAUAGAAGAUAAUAAUAUAAAUAAAAAUGAUUUACAAAAUAAUAAUGUGAAUAUAACGAACCCAAAUAAUACUAAUGAUCAUAUCUUUCCUGAUCAGAAUCAAAGUUAUAAAAAUAAUUAUUAUAAUAAUACAAAAUUUGAUUUGUCAUAUGAAAUGGAUGAUGACAUGAGAAGAAUAAAAAAAAAAAAGAAAUGGAAUGUUUCAUUUGAUUAUAAGUCUACUUUUAAAAGCGCAAGAGAACGAGUUCAAUCCUUAUUAGCCAGUAGAAGGGGUGUUAAAUAUUGA